AUGGAACGUAAAAAAUCAUUCAUAACCCACAAUAAUAAUGCUGCAUCAAGUAAUUCAAGUAACAUCAAGGGGUUGCAACUGUUUAUUGCUGACUUGAGAUCUACCCAACAAUCAGAAGAACAAGAAAAGAGGAUCCAAGCGGAGAUAGUUAAGAUCAAACAGCACUUUAACUCAAAAGAUCAUCAUGAUAAAUUGGGUGGCUAUCAAAGAAAAAAAUAUAUUGCCAAGUUGGCAUAUGUGUACAUCACUUCAAAUACUACCAAACUAAAUGAUAUUUUAUUUGGGUUGGAUCAAACUGUAGAAUUGUUAAAGUCCAAUGUCUUUUCUGAAAAACUCAUGGGAUAUAUGACUUUGGAAUUGUUAUACGAGCAUCGCAAUGUCAUUGAGAAGAUCAAUGACAAAGUUGAAUAUCAAUUGAACAAAGAUCUGGUCGGUAACAAUGAUAACUUUACGUCAUUGGCCUUGAAUUUUAUUGGGGUGGUAGGUCUGCUCUCAAGUCAAAUGGGAUUCAAUGAAGAAUUAGUGUCUAAUGUAUUCCAAAUAUUAAGGUCUCCUACAUCUUCUCAAAACUUGAAGAAAAAAUCUGCAUUAGCAUUUUUGACGCUUCUAAAAGCUAAUCCAGCCAUCCUUACAGAAGAUUCUCAAAGGAAGCAAUUAUGGAUUCAGAGGAUCACCAAUCUCUUGGAUGACACCCAGAAUUAUAGAUUGACACUGACCAUUUUACCUUUAGUGGAAUUUAUUACGAGGAAUAUAGACCCCAACUGUUGUACAAGAUUGUUACCCCAACUGACCCAAAUUCUUUAUGAUUGUGUGGUCUUAGGAACGUCAUCGUCAAGGGUGAACCAAUUCCCUUUGGAGUACAAAUUUGCCAAUAUUCCAAAUCCUUGGUUAAUCACGAAGAUCGUAUCUUUAUUGAGUUUAAUGAUUAUGUCCCCAAAUGAAUCUGAUACUAAUGUACAAAACACAGCUAUGUUACAUACUGAUAAUAUUGAACCAGAAAUUUUAAAUAAAUUGAGAAGCUGUGUUACAGAAGCUAUCAAGUUAGGUACAAAAGCAUGUAAUGACCCCAUGGAAAGAAUUGUUCAAAAUACUGUAUUAUUUUCUUUAAUUAAUUUUGCAUCUAAGCUGGAUCCGUCACCUGAAGCCAUAAAGAACUCUGUAGUGGCAUUAUGCUCAUUAUUAUCAUCUCCUGAAAUAAAUGUUAGAUACUUAACUUUAGAUUCAUUGGUCAAGUUAUGCUCUUUGAGUGGAAAACCUGCUAUUGAUGCUGUUCGUUAUGAUAACCUUAAUAUCAUCCUUAACUUAUUGAAGCAUGAACGAGAUGCAUCAAUCAUAAGAAAAAUUGUGGAUCUUUUGUACACGUUUACUGAUUCAGAUAAUGUUAAAUUAAUUGUUGAUCAAUUAUUGAAUUUUGUCACCAAUUCGAAGCAUGUUAAUGAUCCUCAUAUUAAAUCGGACAUUGCUGUCAAGAUUGCCAUCCUAACCGAAAAAUACGCUACAGACCCGAAUUGGUUUGUUAUAAUUUCUUUGAAAAUUCUAUCCUUAACAACCUCUAGUGCUUCAUUCAAUGAUGAUGAGAUUUGGCAGAGAUUAUGUCAAAUUGUUGUGAAUAAUCCCUACUUACAAAAAAUUACAUGUGAAAAACUACUUGAUUAUCUCUAUGAAAAUGAAGUUUCCGAAUCCAUUAUUAAAACUAGUGCAUUUUUAUUAGGUGAAUAUGCGAACCAAAUCACUGAUAGUGUGUCAAUACCUGAACUUUUCAAUCUUUUUACCGAUAAAUACUUCAUCGUCUCCAAUUUAACAAAGGCAAUGAUUUUAACCAUUAUGGUUAAACUAUAUAUAUUUGCACCUGAGAUCGGAUCUGCAGUGAUUAAGUUUCUUCAAUUAGAGUUGAACUCUCUAGAUAUUGAACUACAAACAAGAUCAUUUGAAUAUUUGAAACUAAUCCAGUUGGCAAAGGUGAAUGGAGGUGAUAUCAAUCUGUUAAGAACCCUUUUUGCUCCUAUUCCUCCUUUUAAUACUAAGGCUAACCCAUUAUUGAAGAGGCUUGGAAGUCUCCCAUCUACUGCGGGCAACACAUUGGCAGAAGCUACGCCACCUUCAUCUUCGAGUCCAUUGCCAAGUGAUACCACCGCCUCAACAACGGUAUUAACACCCUCAAACAAGAUGCCACCAAUUGCACCUGUUUCUCGAAUGAAUACUCAAAAAACACAAGAGCAAUAUUAUUCGGAGCAAAUAUUGUCACCAAAUUGGAAAGAAGGUUUCGUGAGAAUGAUCCUACACAAACAAGGUAUCCUUCAAUCCACACCAUUAAUAAAAAUAAUUUAUAGAAUUACUGCCCCAGAUCCCACUCAACUAUCAGAACUAAGAAUUUCUUUGACGUUCAUAAAUCAAACUGAAUGGGAUAUUACAGGUCUUUCCACGGAGAUUAUUCCUCAUCGUAUACAGGAUAAUCCAGAAUAUGUCAUCACAAAGAAGGAAAUACCGUCAAAUGCCUCAAUUCAGCCACAGAAGAGAUCUGAGCAAAGCUUUGAGCUUAUUGUAAGGAAACCAUUCGAUGUGGAACUGAGUCCCAUUUUACUAGUCCAUUUUAAAUGUGGUGGUAGCGUAAAUGUCUUAAAGUUGAAGGCCGCAGUCGGUGUAACAAGCACUUUGGGACCAAAUCCACAACAUGUGACUGAAUUACCAGAAUUUAUUCAACGAUGGAAAGUACUAAGUUCUGCUUUGGGUAAAGAUGGAGAAUGUGUAAUUGAUGGUAUAACAUUGAAAAGAGAGUCUAGUGUCCUUGAAGAUAACGUGGAGGAUGCUGUACUUUUAAUGAAACAGACCAUGAAACGUGUAGGAUUUGAUAUUGUAGAACAAGGAAAUGUUAACAAUACAAUAUUUGCAUCAGGAAUAAUUCAUACAAAGAGUGAUGGUAACUUUGGAUGUCUCGUCAAGGUUAAAUAUCAAGAUAAUGGGAAAAUUAGUAUCACAUGUAAAACCACCAAAGCGGGUCCACUAGCAACAUAUAUUGCAGAAUGUAUUAGGUACACAUUAAUGAAAUAA